AUGGCUCACUUCCACACUGCCAAUCGCGCCAGCUACCAGACCUACGCUCAUCCCCUAGCUGGUGGAAAGAGGAAGCGAAUAUCCACGAGUAACGAUAUAGAACCCGUUGAGAGCGAUGUGACUUUCUCACCAGCGCGCUCAAUGAAGAGCCGCGACAAUAAGGACAAAUACAACCCCAAGUACAUGGCAGAGAUGUGCUUCAGCGCGUACAAGGUGCGCUUACAUGAGGCUGGCCUUCAACAAUAUACAAUCGACGUUGCGAACGACUGGCGAGAGCAUUUGGUCGAGAUGUUCAGUCACGCCGCGUUGAGAGGAGCCAUCAAGCAAGAUGCAGUAGCCCGUCACAUGGUUCCUCGUCUUGUACUGCUUCUCCCACGAAACAACGAAGAGAAAAAAGAGCUUGUCAAGGAUUUCGCGAAACACUACGAGGACGUACGACACGACAUGAUGGUCAUCAGCAAGACCAUGCUCAGUGGAGACGAGGACUCCAUUGCUGAGGUCCGCGAGUGUCUUUAUGGUUUACACAAGACUCUCGCUGAAGGAGCAAGAUGGCGCAAGAUCUUGCCGUACCUACCACUACCGCUGCCACUGCACCGCCUCCGGGCUCUCCGCAAUCUGAUAGAGUACUCACGACCUUACCAGUUCCUCCACCAUCUCGUCACCGAAAUUGACGACAUCGAGAGUUGGCUUACCUUUCUUCCCAUAGGCCUUAACACCUUGAUUUUUCCGGCUGGACUUGUCAACGCAGUGAAAGGAACUCAGCAGCAAGUAACCGAGGAUAAAAUUGUAAAGACCAGCAUCGGUCCUAACGCACAGGAAAUGGCAGAGUACCGAGAGCAAAAAGCCAAACGACAGCGUCUAGAGAAGAAGGAACAAGCUCGUCAGCAGGAACAAACCUACGCUGAUAAGCUACAAAAGAUCGAAGCCGAGCAGAUACAGAUGAAGAAAGACAUCAAAUCGCUCGAGCUGGCCGUCACGGAGAAACGUGCUCAGGAAAUUGCGAAGAAACAUUCAGAGGCCGCAGCUCUAGCGAAGCGCGAGAAAUCGUAUCAGGACCAAAUCUCACUCAACACGAUUGAGAUAAAAAGACUAAACGCCGAACUAGACAAUCUAGCUGGCGGUCAGGCACAGAAGAUGCAGCCGAAAGUGACCUCGACACCAUUAUCGCCAAUCGAUUCUGUGCAGCUCAGCACGUCAACGGGCUCGUCGUUCAGUAGUAAUCAGACCGCCAACAGUAGUAUUCACCAGCCCCAGAGCUCAUUGGGCACAUCCUUUGGCAGCUCUUUCGCCCAGCCGGGAUCUUUUGAACAAACUUUACAUCAGCGUGCACCGGAAGACGACGGCGUACCAAUGGAAGACGUCCAAGGAAUUGGCCCAUCACAGCAACACCCGACAAAAUCCGAUCAGGUCGGCUUUCCUGAAGCACGCAUCGCAGGGCAACCGAAUACCUUCGGUGCUCAUAUCAGCAGUGGUGCCCCCUCACAGUUGCUUGGGUUGUCAAAUAGCAAUUUCAAGUCGGCUUGCCCAGCGUACAAGAACGGACAUUGCCCAGCGGGCAAAAGCUGCAUGAUGCCUCACAGUGCAUGCAAGUUCUGGGUGAAAGGCAAUUGUAGAUAUGGUGGGAAUUGCAUCCGCAGCCACGAUCCUUUCUUUCUGAAAGAUGCUACAUCACGGGGUCAGCAGCGACAGUCUUCACAAGUUGACCAAAUGAUCGUCGAUUCUGAUCCUACUCCACGAUCCAGCGCUUUCUCCCAGGAAAAUCCGUUUCAACGUGGACGGCAGGGUCGGGCCCAGGCCUCUCAAGCUAGCAACAUCAUGAGCCUACCCGAUCACCAAGCCUUACCAACCGGUCCUCACGAACGCCCUUCGAUCAUGGGUAGGAUUACAAAAGACGGCCAACCCAUCAUAUCGUAUGGGUCCAACAUUGCUUCCAUCAAGGAUGGCAACACCAAUCGUCAGCAAGGUAUCCUAUCUGAUGCAAUUCAGGGACCUCGCGCUACGAUUGGAUCGAAGAAAGUUGCGUGUAAAAAUAAUCUCAAGGGCAGAUGCAACAAGGGUCUCAGCUGCCAGUACGCUCAUGAGCCAUGUCCGCGCUUCAUAAAGGGCACUUGUUUUGCUGAUGAUCAGUGUAGGAGGAGUCAUGAUCCUCUUUUUCUUCGUCAAGGUUCUUCCAGCAACAGUGCACAGCAGUCUUCAAAGUCACCCACUGGGCAGCAGCCUUCCCAAACCCGGAUAGAACAGUCACUCGACGAGGUUCUUCAGGCAAAAGGAGGAGAUAGGAAGGAGAAAUAUGGAAAGCCGUUUCAAGUAGAAUCACCCAUUCGAAACCAACGUCCUCAAGAUCAUCUUGAGCAAUCUCUCGACGACAUAAUCAAGACGGCCGGACGAGGUAGAGAGAACCAGGCAAGACUGCCUCAAUCGGAAACUCCAUGUAAAUGGGAGAAGACCCAAGGCGGUUGUACGAAUGGCAGCUGUCCAUACAAACACGAUUCACGAAAGACGUCCGACCCGAAAGCUUCACGAGGCACGUUUGGUAUACCCAACCUUUUCAGCUCGAUUGGAAGUAUACUUCGUGGUAACAGACAAUAA